UGACCAGCGACACUGUCUGCGACAGAGACAGUCUAAAAUGUCAUCUGAUUCUGUUUUGUACAUAUAAUUUUAAUAGGUAAUAAGUGUCUGUGUUUCAAACUCGUUUCUUUAAAAGUGUCUUUAUAAAAUAUUGUGUUAUUUAAAAUAUAUGUUGAUUAUAUUCAUCGAACUUAUGUAUAAGAAUAUUGUUUGACGUGAUACAUUUAAUGAGUCUGUUUCAUCAAUAUUAGAACGUAAAGUUCGAGGGUGGCUAAGCGGAGUAAUAGACGAUAUGAGACGGAGCAGUCCAGUUCAGCAAUGGCUAGAUUCCCUGCCAGCUGAUUCAGAGACUCCAAACCAAAGUGAUCCUGAAAUUGUUGUAGACCAUGACUCUAAUGCCCAAGAACUAGUACAAGAUUUAGCCACAAAGUCUGAUGACAAUAAAGCAGAUGAUUCUAUAACAGAAAAUACAGUAAUAGAAACCAAUCAAGAAAUUAUACAUGAUGACAAAAAUUUAGAUGUUCCUGGCCAAAGAGAUGGAUGGAAGCGGAAAUCUUUAGAAAGUGGCACCCUUAUAAGUACUCCACAAUUAAGAAAUGUUAAAAAGAAAUUGCAAAGAGACCACUCAGUACAAUCAGAAGGAUACACACGUAGAUUUAAAAACCCAUUAUUUAGAGAUCAUUCACUACAGUCAGAUGCUAGUGGAUCAAGUGGCAGUUCAGUCUUAAAUGUUUUGGGGGCUAGGAAAGUAGAUGCUGAAUCAGUACUACUAGCACUCGGAUUUGGACCAAGUGAAAAACAACAGAAAUUACAAAGAAUACCAGAUAGAUUUUUAGUACCAUCAAAACUUAAAGGUAUAAGUACAGAUAAGUUUAUCAAAGAUGAGCAACAUUCAAUGCGAAUGCAUGAUUGUGGAGUCUUUGGGUACAGAGGUCUUACAGGGAAUCCUCAUGUUCCACCGUCGACAAUUGUAGCUAAAAUAAUGGAUUGUAUCCUUCAAGACGACGUAUGUCGCGAGGAGGCGUUGAUGAAAACGCGUCAUUCCAUUGCGGACCUGCGCAACCCGGCCGCGAUACACGCACAUCUGACAUCUCGACUGAGGAGUACUUGACUUGUGCUAUCCUUCAGUCGUGUAGAUUGUGUUUGUAAUAUCCGUGUGUUGUUUCUGUUUAAGCAGAAGCUAGUUCCGAUAGAGCAAUUAUAAUUCACAUUAGUUUCGGAGGAGUAUAAUUACUUUCUUUUACGUAUUGAUUUUUGAUAUUAAUUAACAGUCAAAAGGUACAAUUCGAAGGCCAUUUCUUCAUAAUACUAAAUUAUUCUAUUAAAAGUAGGCUUAUUUAAAACGAAUAAAAUCAAUUUAACUUUUAUGAUUAUUAAAAUUAAAUAAAGAUUCAGAUUUGGAAAUUUUGCCCGCGUCAUUUGGAAGAUUAUUACUCUGUAAACUGAAUGUAAAGGAGAGAGAUAGAUAACGCGAGUUCAAUUUACGCGCUACAAAAUUCGAUCCGUUCUUAAUCUCCUUCGCUACUGCGAAUUAAUUUACUAAUAAAAAUUAUAGAAAAGUGUCAUUUCUCUAUAGUGAACUAUUAAAAUUCCAGCACAGUGACGUGACGUGGUCGUGAGAAGAAAGGUUAGUUGUGUAAUUAUAAUAUGCAUUCUUUAAUGUAUCGUAUUAAAAAGUAAUUAUGAAAGCAUGGGAACUCUGCUCGAUGAAUUGUCCAUUGCAGCUUUGGCUUAGAACAAGAAAUAUGUGAUGAUUUGUUGACACGCAAUGUAAUAAAACGCAAUCUAUAUCAUAUCAUAUGUGCAAAUAGGCGGUUUGAUUAUCUUAAAUCAAUGAGUGAUCGACAUUCGAAUUUAAUAUUGCCAUAGUAAUCCAUUGAUGUUUCUGAUCUAUGGAUAAAUAUUGUUAUUGCUUAAUAAUUUUGUAACAUUCCCAUGAAAUUAAAAAUAAUGAAUUUAGGGACUGUAUACGACGAGAUACUUACUAUCUAUGACUUUUUAUAGUUCUUUCUUUAAAUUAUCUUUUUAAAUUUCUAAUCUUUUUUAUGACGCUGGUGAAAUUGACUUAGAAAACUGACUUAAAAAAAAAACAAGAUUUUUAAUAAACGUAAACAAUAUA